UUGUAGCCUUGUUGAAAACGAAAAAAUAUCAAUACAAUAAUUAUGAAUAUGAACAUUUUUAUUUUAUUGUGUCUAACAUUUUUUACUCCAUCAGUUAACUCUGAUGAGAUAACACAAGAGGAAAAAGAGGCCAUACAUCGCGUUUUUCAUGAGAUUUUAGAUUAUAUAAAGGCUAACCAUCCUCAUCCUGAUACAGUCCCACGCGAUACCAUUACACUGGUACAGUUUUUGGAGAAUGUGGGUUAUCCCACAGAUACCACAGAAUUUGCGCAUACUGCGACAUAUAAUUGUUUUGAUGGCCGUCAACACAAAGAAGGCAAAACAGUGCCAUAUUCUGAAAUUGUUGUAAAUGAACAUGUUUUUAGAUAUCUAAUAAACCGAAUCUGUGAAUUAUCAAAAAAACCAAUAGGUGAAUUCACAGGUCUAAUAAGUGAUAUCAUAGCUAGAAAAAACGCUGAAAAAGCUUCAGAAGAGUUAAAAAAUUUAGCUGUUGUUUAAUUCAGUUAUUGAAAAUGUUAAUUUUCAUCUUAAUUAAAUG